AUGUUGGCGCCGGCCUUCUUCUUCUCCGGCGCGGGCGCGAGCGCCCCGCCCCCCGCGGCCACCGUGGCGGCGGCGAUGCUCGUACGCUGUCCUUGUCUUCUGCCAGAGAAUUACAGGAUGGAUGGCAUCGCAUUUGAUUCACGUGAAGAGAUUGGAAUCAAAUUCUUUACAGGUUCAGAUGAACAGGAGGAAUUUAUGAAAUUGUUGCUGUCUAAAUGCAACACGGUAACCCUUAAAAGGGUGGACAUUACGGUACCACUUGCCCCUAAUUCUUCGGAGAUCAAGGAGGUUGUUGAAAGGAUCCACAGCGUGUGCCAUCCUAACAGCAAGAUCCAAUUUAACGUGCACGCCAUGCCGUUGGCCUCCUAA